AUGGGUGACAAACUCCACAAUGUUAACGAAAUGGAGUUACAUGGAAAAUUAUUGAAUGAAGAUUUAGGUGAAUCAGAAACAAAAGUUGUUGAAGGGAAUGAUAAAAUAGAGAAUAUUUCAGUUAGUGAAAAUAUAGUAGUUGAUGACUGUUUAUCCAGUAGUAAAAUUUAUGAGAAUGAUAAAAAUAUAAAUAUUGGUAAUGAAAAAAAGAGAAUAAUUAAUUAUUCUUCAUCUAGUAAUAAUCAUAAAGAUCUCAGUUAUGAUAAUCAUUCAAAUGUGAAUCAUGAAAAAAAAAUGGAUUUUUAUAAAAAUAGCAAAAAUGAUAAAAAAAACAUAGAUUGUAACAAGCCCAUUGAUACAUUUAUUAAGGUUGAAGAUGAAAAUAUUGCCAAAAUUAAGGUGAAAAGUGAAAAUAAAAUGAGAAUUAAUGAAAAUGAGGUGAAUGAAGAUAAUAAUAAUUUAAAUGAAAAUGAAAAUAGUUUAUGUAAAAAUGAGAAUGAAGUAAAUAAAGAUGAUAAUAAUAUAAAUAAAAAUAGUUUAAGUGAAGAAGAUAAUAAUUUAAGUGAAGAAGAGAAUUUAAGUAAAGAAGAAAAUAAUUUAAAUGAAAAUAAUUUAAGUAAAGAAGAGAAUAAUUUAAAUGAAAACAAUUUAAGUGAAGAAGAGAAUAAUUUAAAUGAAAACAAUUUAAGUAAAGAAGAAAAUAAUUUAAAUGAAAAUAAUUUAAGUAAAGAAGAAAAUAAUUUAAAUGAAAAUAAUUUAAGUAAAGAAGAGAAUAAUUUAAAUGAAAAUAAUUUUAGUAAAGAAGAGAAUAAUUUAAAUGAAGAUGAAAAUAGUUUAAGUAAAGAAGAGAAUAAUUUAAAUGAAGAUGAAAAUAGUUUAAGUAAAGAAGAGAAUAAUUUAAAUGAAAAUAAUUUAAGUAAAGAAGAAAAUAAUUUAAGUGAAAAAGAGAAUAGUUUAAGUAAAGAAGAAAAUAAUUUAAGUGAAAAAGAGAAUAAUUUAAAUGAAAAUAAUUUUAGUAAAGAAGAAAAUAAUUUAAAUGGAGAAGAUAAUAAUUUAAGUAUAAGUGAUAAAUAUUUAAGUGCAGAUGAAAAUAACAUAACUAAAGAAAAAUUAGACAAUAUAGAUAGUAAUUAUAUGGAAGAAAUAAAUUCAAAUAAAGUUGAUUUUGAAGAAAUUAAUUUCUUUGAUAAUAAUUUUUUUGAUUUUCAAAAAGCAGAAAAUCCAUUGAAAAAAAAUAAUUCAUUAAUAGAUAUAUAUAAUGAAAUGAAAAAUUUUGAAGAAGAUUUUUUGGAUUAUUUAGAACGUACCUAUGAAAAUGUAGAAGAGGAUGGAUUCAUAAGAAACGAGGAACAUAAUUCUGUUGAUCAUGUUGAUCUGAAUAGCGUUGAAUCAAUAUCAAGUUUUUUUAAUGAUUCUAGUAUUUCUAAUUUAAAUGUUACACAAAUGAAGCAGUACUUAAGUGAUAGUAUUAAUUCUUUUAUAGAAGAACAAAAAAAAUUAAAUAAAAAAAUAAGAAUAAAUAAAAAUUAUUUUAACAUUGAAAAUUAUUCGAAUACUCUACCACCGAAUCCUAGCAAAAAAAUAUUUAAAGAAUAUAAGAAAUAA